AAAGGCAAGGUAGAUUCCUGGUGUUAUUCUCUUACACCAAUUUUUUUUUUCCCUUUCUGAUUCCCUAGAAAACCCAAAAAAAAAAAAAAAAAAAAAAAAAAAAAAAAAAAAAAGAAACAAACAACCUCCUUUUUCUUAUCCAUAUACUGUGGGGAGUGAAUUUUUUAUUAUUUUUUUGUUCUAAGUCCUUUGGCACCCAUUUUUUGAGUAGUGGGUAAUUUUUUUUUUGGAGGCUAUAAAAAAAGCAUGGCAGAUGAAGAUUUUCAAGAAGAAGAAGUUUGGGCUCAUCUGGUGAAGGAGAGAGAAGAUUCAAGCCCUAAGAUGACGACGACGACGAGGCCGAGGUCUAAGGAUUCAUCUGCAAGUUCAUCAUCAUCAUCUGCAUGGCGCCUCCCUGCAGCUCCAAGAGUGAUCCCAAGGGCAACUGAGAGUACUGGGACAAGUCAACAAUCAUCAGCACCUGUGAACAUCCCUGAUUGGUCAAAGAUUUAUAAGAAGAAGAAUGCAAAGAAAGGUUCAAUGGUUGAUGAUGAUGAUGAGGAUCAGUAUGGUACCAACAAUGCUGAUGUUGAAGAUGAUGAUGAUGAUGAGAUGGUCCCACCACAUGAAUAUAUUGCUAGGAAGCUUGCAAGGACUCAGAUUACUUCUUUCUCUAUGUGUGAAGGGGUUGGAAGGACACUCAAAGGAAGAGACCUCAGCAAAGUAAGGAAUGCCAUUUUAACCAAAACUGGUUUUUUAGAGUAAAUUAGUUCUCACCCAACCACCAUCCCCAUCACUAUCAUCAUCAUCAUUUUGUAGCAUCAUAAAUUAAUAAUUAUAAUUGUAUCAUCGUCAUCAUCAUAGACAAGGGUCCUAAUCAGUUUAAUUAUCUUUGUUUAUUUUGUUGUAUUUCCACAUACAUAUAUAUAUAUAUAUAUAUAUAUAUAUAGCUAGCAUGUAUUGUACUCACGAGGUGGGUAAAACAGAGUUUCUAGAAGUGGUCAGAGCUACGAUUUCUGGACUUUCUCCUUGUGAAAGAAGAGAAAAUUAGGCAGCUGUCUCUUGGAUUGCAUAUGUACUUCAUGCUAUCCUUUCUAUUUUUUCUUUUUUAGGUAAAUAAGUUGGGCUGCUAUUUUAUUUCUUUCUUUUUUGGUACAUAAGUUGGACUGUUAUUUUUUUUUUUUUUUAAUUUUUUUGGUAAAUAAUCAAGUUUGGAUGCUAUUGGAUUUAUCAUUUCUAUUACAUUUAAUUUUUAUAUUUCUUCUAAUUUUUUUUCCUGAAUUAUUUGUUCCAAUUGGUAUUAUGAAUCUUCAUUUCUUCAGCACAAGAAGCCGAACUAUAUAAAUUUUAUUAUAUCAUAAAAUAUAGUAAUUAUUUAAGUAGUAUACUCGUAUUUGGUUGUAUAUGUCUCUAAAGGAAA